CUUGAGAGCCUGCUUUACCUGAGAAGGGCCCAGGAGCUGUGGAAAGUCACACACUUACUACGGCUUGCUGAUCCUUGCAAGGCUGUGGGGCCACUUAGCAUUCUGGUACACUGUGGAUCUCAGCAUUGCUGUUUUGGUGUGAUUACUGUGGUGGCCUACAUUGGGGAUUAAGAACACAGCCGGUACCCAGCUGGACAGCCACCUGGUCUGAGCAGCCAGUGUGAACAUCCUGCAGCCAUUGUGGCCCUCAGGUGGCUCUGUAGGUGUUGGUCCAGGUGGAGCCCUCCUGGAUAUCACCUGCCCAGACAGGCAUGUCAGGUCCCAGGCCUGUGGUGCUGAGCGGGCCAUCGGGGGCUGGGAAGAGCACCCUGUUGAGGAGGCUGCUGCAGGAGCACAGUGGUGUCUUCGGCUUCAGUGUCUCCCAUACCACAAGGGACCCGCGGCCUGGCGAGGAGAAUGGCAAAGAUUACUACUUUGUGACCAGGGAGGUGAUGCAGCGCGACAUUGCUGCCGGAGACUUCAUUGAGCACGCUGAGUUCUCAGGGAACCUGUACGGGACAAGCAAGGCAGCCGUGCGGGCCGUGCAGGCCAUGAACCGCAUCUGCGUGCUGGACGUGGACCUGCAGGGCGUGCGCAACAUCAAGAAGACUGAUUUGCGGCCCAUCUACAUCUCUGUGCAGCCGCCCUCCCUGGACGUGCUGGAACAGCGGCUCAGGCAACGCAACACUGAGACUGAGGAGAGCUUGGCGAAGCGGUUGGCUGCAGCCCGGGCCGACAUGGACAGCAGCAAGGAGCCCGGCCUGUUUGAUCUGGUCAUCAUCAACGACAACCUGGACAAGGCUUAUGCAAUCCUCAAGGAAGCACUCUCUGAGGAAAUCAAGAAAGCUCAGGGACCUGACCAUGCUUGAGGACCUGGCUGGAUACCCAGGACCCACCCAGAACCAGGACAGGUGCCUGCUGCCUGCCUCUUGGCCUCCAUGGCUGCAGGGCCCCAAGCGCCCACUGUCCCCUGUGCCCUGACUCUGCCCACUCCUGUCCCUCAUCCCUGUCCUUCCCGCUGGAGCCGGGGCUGACACCCAAUAAAGGAACCAAUGGUUGGGUUAA